AUGUCAAUUCAGGACUCGGCUACUCAGCAAGAGCCAUUUAAAAGCAAACCCGAAGCCAAUCCAGCAAAAUAUGAACUCAGCUCUAGCGAUUUAUCAUUAGUUUCCAAAAAAAAUCAAAGACAAGAGGAAGAAAGUGACAGCGAAAUUGAAAUUGAAACUCAAGAAGAAAGCAAUGGUGCAAAAACUGAGGCUGAUCAGUACACACAGGGUGGUACGACAAGCAUAGAAACUGGCCGACAAUUACAGGAGAAGUCAGAAUAUUUCAGUAGAGAUCAAGGAAAAAUGUUCAUUGGUGGAUUAAACUGGGAUACCAGUGAGCAAAGACUUAGGGAAUAUUUCAGCCAAUAUGGCGAGAUCAUUGAUCUCACAAUAAUGAGAGAUGGUAAUACUGGUCGAUCUAGAGGAUUUGGAUUUUUAACAUUUCUUGAUCCGCGUUCAGUUGAUGAUGCGCUACAGAGCCAACACGUACUAGAUGGUAAAGUAAUUGACCCAAAACGUGCAAUCCCCAAAGAAGAGCAAGAUAAGACUGGCAAAAUUUUUGUGGGAGGAAUCGCCCCAGAAGUUACAGAAAAGGACUUUGAUGAAUUUUUUUCACAGUUUGGUAAUGUUAUUGAUGCUCAAUUGAUGAUUGAUAAGGAUACAAGAAGGUCAAGGGGAUUUGGGUUCGUUACCUACGAUUCACCACAAGCAGUCAAUAAUGUCACUCAAAGUCAUUACUUGGAAUUAAAGGGUAAGAGAAUGGAAAUCAAAAAGGCUGAGCCAAGAGGCCAGCAGCAACAAAUGACAGGAGGGAUGAGAGGAUAUAACUCUAAUACUGCCUUGCAAUUGCACAAGUCAAGACAUCAUCAACAGCAACAGCAACAAUUUAUUCCACGCAAUUUAAACUUAACUUCCCCACAUACCGCUCCUCCAGCUGCCAUGAGUCUUGGUCAUCGCCCCCGCCAGUUACAGCCACCAAUGGGUUACAACCAAUAUACCCCUUAUCAGCCGAUCCCACAAGCCCCAAUGGGGGGCUUCUCCCCACAAAUGUUGCAGCAGCAAUAUUGGCAACAAUAUUGGUUACAAAUGAAUUCAAACCUUCAACAAUACCCACAAACACAGGGACCUCCACCACCAAAUCAAGCUCAAGCACAAAUGAUGGGCUUUAUGCCUCAGAUGCCCCAUCAUGCCAUGCCACGGAACCCCUUCAGCUUCACUCCCGGUGAUCUGCAAGUGGAACCUGAUGACGAAUCAAAUGCUCUAUUUGAUAAUUCUGAUUAUUAUAAACAUGGUGAUUUAGGAAUGUAUAAUGGUUCUGUUAAUAAUGUGAGCAGGGGUGGUAGAAAGAAUGGAGCUUUCCAGUCUUUUACUCGCUAG